AUGCCUGCGAGCCCUGCAGACGAAGGAAGAAAAGAUGUGACAGGAUAUCGCCGACAUGUAGCUCAUGUAGGAAGUACGCUACGCCCCUUAAUUGCUCUCCUGGUUUGGAUAAUACUGACUAUCGACAGACAUCUCCUCCAAUGCUCAUACCCCAGAGUCAGCCGAAUUUCACAGCUUAAAGUCCUACGUGAACGACUUCAGGUUCUAGAGAAUGUCAUUGCAACAAAGGAUAGCGGUGCAUUUACCCAGCCACAGGAUAUGCAAAUUGCUGCGUCCCUGGUCACUGCUUCAUCCAUCCAGGAAAUUGGACUUCCCCAAAUAUACCCCGUCGAAUCUCAAUGGUAUAUGCCUGAACUGCUACGAUUCUAUAACGAAUCUAUUGCACUUCAGUCGCAAGGAGAUGGGUCAUUCACACAGCUUGACACCCUGCGAAACAUAUGGAUGACAACAUCUCUGACCGACGAAUGUAUGUUUCAUGCUACAUUAUACGCCGCAUCUGCAUAUCUCGACCUACUUCGAGGGCAAAGCGGCAAUGUUAUUACUCUAUAUCACCAGACGGAGACCCUUAGGCUGCUAAGUAGCCAACUUGCAGUACCUAACCUACAGGUCACUGACGCCUUGAUUGCAGUAACAAUGGCUCUAUCUCAGACCGAGGCUCUCUCUGGCAAUGUAUGCGUCUCUGGGGUACAUAGAGCUGGAUUACAUCACCUGGUGAAGAUUAAAGGCGGCCCCGAAAACUUGGGGAUGGAUGGUCUACUUGCUGAGUUGAUAUAUGUGGGUGAUACCAUGGACUGUCUUCUCUAUGGAAUUGAACAGUCGUUCCAAUGGGCCACAAAUCCUACGCCUCCACCAAUGGCCCUACUAUCCAACGUUUUAUCAUGGGAGACUUCCGCACAUAAAACAUCGCCCACCAGUCAAAGUUCGGCUAAUAUCUUAGGACUUGUACAGCAAUCAAUGUUGUUAAUUGAUAAUCUACCCAGUGCAUCUGUGGAAGAUGUUAUAGCUCCCUCCUUCAUUCAAAAAUUCAUCCAUCUCCAUGAUGAAUUUUCAUCUCUAUGCAGAGACAAUACCAUCAACUCUUCCUCGGACUCAUCUGCGGAAGUUUACAUAAAUGAAUGCUGUCGUCAGACAGCAUUGCUGCAUUGGCGCCUAGUCAACAAUAAAGGUAUCUUUUCUACUGAAGACACAAUACCAGCUGAUGGUAAAGAUCUUAAAGUGGCUAUGGGAAAGAUGGACAUCCCGACAUGGUCGAAGGUUGCUCCAAGGGUAUUUAUUUGGGCCGGAGUGACUGGAGCUGCCGCGUCCAAAGAAUGUGCAGAGCGUGCAUGGUUUGCGGCCCGUUUAGGCCCAGUGGUAAUGGCUCAAGGGAAAGACGGGAUUCCCACUCUUAAGCAAGGAAUGGCUCUUUACCAUUGGCUGAAGGCACCAGUUCUGGUGUGGUAG